AUGAGGUCUUCAAUACUAUGCCCCCUUCCGGUUCCGGGAGAAAAUAAAAGGCCCGGGGAGUCCGGUACGGACGAGCCCCAAAGGAAGAUUAAGCGGACAAAAAGGGCCGCCCGCAAACUAAAAAGCCAAAUCGUCUUGUCCUCCGAGGAGGAGGACGACAAAGAGGAUGACGAUGAGGAGCAGCCGGAGCUCGUCCGCCAUCGAUCCAUUCGACCGGACCCUGAGCCGGUGGUCGAUCCAGCUGAGGCUCCUCCCGAGGACGUGAGGGUUGAGGAUGCUAGUGAACCCUCGGCCCCUGCGCCGGCGUCCCCGGCUGCCGGACGACAUCCCGAUGAUGGGAGGUAG